AUGGAGUCCAGAUCAACGUGGUCUCCUUCCACCAUGCUAAUAUGGCUACUCGCUGCAAGAACAGUAUACGCCGCUCCAAGACCUACGAGAUUGGAGACGCCCACAUCCCUCAAGACUCAGUAUCCUCCGUCUACACAGGGUGCAAGACUGCUACCUCCUGAAACACAAGGUUUCUAUCCAACCAAACUUGAGCACGAAGGCCAUCCAUAUGUAGAGCCCACCCCAACAGAUUCAGGGAAUCCUUUUGAUGUCUCUGAUCUCCUUGAUACCCUUGGCGAUUCAGAUACGCUGCUAGAUUGGUUGCUCCCAGGCAUAAAUCUAGACGACUCGGACGCAGCUCCCAGUAGUCCACCAGAACCAUUAGCCUGGUGGACGCCAACACCGAGACCUAAGCCAAGUACAUCCAGUGAUAAUCACAUCUACGAUUUAUUCUCAACAAGGCCGCCCUCCAGCUGGAUUAUCGGAUCUAGUCAAUCAGUUACUCCAAACCCCUCGGAUACACCGACAAGUACGCCUUUGCAGGUAGCACAAGGUUCUUUCAUCACGAUGGCUACUAAUCAAGACGUAUUCAUCCCUCUACCCACGGGUGCGAUUCCCUCCGUGGUUUCUGCAAGGAACGACCAUCCAGUAGCUAAAACCGGCAUCAACUCAACCGGCCCAAUUGAGACCAAUAAAUUCUAUGCUGGGUUCUUUCUAGGUACCCAAAGCAAUGCGACCUUUACUCACCCGUACUCAGUGUUCUGGGCGAAAGGAAGCGGCAUUUUGCAAAGCUGGGGCAUGGCUGUCUCGCACAUUGAAUACAACCUAGUUGCUAACGGGCCAACAAAUUCUCAUAUCCCGGGAAACCCGGUAUCAUACUAUAUCAACCCGAUUGGGAUUCAAUCUGUCGUUUUGUCAGCCACAGAACUCUCAAGUUCGACAGUCCUAACCACAGAAGACCCCUUGCCAUUCUCAGCCAACGCCGUACUCCGACCACAGGCAGGCUCAUCCCAGAACAUAGUCUUCCCGGUGGUACAGGGCAUGGGUUAUGUUACUGCAGUUUACACUCAGCUUCAGCCCGUCAUUCAAAGCGCUGUUUAUUUCCGUGAAGUGGUUACUGCGGGCUCUCCGCGACCCGGUAUAUUCAAAUACCGUGCAACUUUAUCGGACGGCACUGUCUGGCUUCUUUAUCUCACCCCAGAAAAUGGGCAAGAUCCCGAUCUCAAGUUGGUAUCUACAACUAAUCUACAGGGCCCUGCUGGAUGGUCAGGCACAAUUCAAGUCGCAAAGAAUCCGGGAGGCACCUCUGGAGAAAAGCUGUUCGACAACUCAUCUGGCGUCUUCCCUGUACAGGCAGCGGUGUCUGGCUCGGUCACGAACAAUACUGGUUCAUAUCGCCUUGCCUGGGCCAAGUCGGGCAAGGAUGUCCAAAACACUCCUCUGAUGAUGUUUGCUCUGCCUCACCAUGUUGCGGCAUUCGAUUCUACUACCAAAGACCGAAUGACGAACAUUACCCUUAGGACCACGACGAAGGGCAUUGCCACGGCAGUAAUUGGAGAGUACUGGACAAUGACAGAGCCCGAUCUCCCAGUGACUAUGGAUUUCGCACCCUGGACCCCUGCCGCAGGAAGCUCUCCUCUCCUCACCGCGGCAUCCCAACAAGUGAUCGCGAGUGUAGCCGCAGUUGAACUCCAGCAGAGUAUCGAGAACCAAACCAACCUCAACAGCAUGUACUACAGCGGCAAGGCAUUGAGCAAGUUUGCUACCUUGAUAUAUACCGUCGACCAGCUACUCGGUGACCACGCCUCGGCAGCUCCCGCUCUAGAAAACUUGAAGAAGGCCUAUGCCCGUUUCAUUCAGAACGGCCAACAGUAUCCGCUCGUUUAUGACACUGUCUGGAAGGGCGUUGUAUCGUCCGCCAGUUACAACGGAGGCUCUACUGGGGCCGACUUUGGUAACACAUUGUAUAAUGAUCAUCACUUCCACUACGGCUACUUUAUCCAUGCAGCCGCCAUUAUCGGGCGCCUUGAUCCGAGCUGGCUCCCGAACAACCGAGAUUGGGUGAACAUGCUUGUCCGUGACGCGGGAAACGCCGCUGCGGACGAUCCCCUCUUCCCGUUCUCGCGUUCAUUCGACUGGUAUCAUGGUCAUUCGUGGGCCAAAGGCCUCUUUGAGUCCUUUGAUGGAAAGGAUCAGGAGUCUACGUCGGAGGAUACGAUGUUUGCGUAUGCACUCAAAAUGUGGGGAAAGACCAUUGGAGAUGCAAGCAUGGAAGCAAGGGGAAACUUGAUGCUCGGUAUUUUGCGGCGUAGCUUGCACAAUUACUUCCUAAUGGACAGUGACAACACCAACCAGCCCGCCAACUUUAUCGCCAACAAGGUUACCGGGAUUUUGUUCGAAAAUAAAAUAGACCACACAACCUACUUUGGGAACAACCUCGAGUAUAUUCAAGGCAUCCACAUGCUGCCGCUCCUACCCUCUUCGUCAUACGUGCGAAGUCAGAAAUUCGUGCAGGAAGAAUGGGACGCCAUGUUCGCCUCGGGGGCUUCUGAUCCCGCUGAAAAUGUGGCUGGCGGAUGGAAGGGAGUGCUUUAUGCGAAUCUAGCUCUGAUUCGCCCUGCUUCUUCAUGGAACUUCUUCGCCCAAUCCAACUUUGACUACAGUUGGAUUGACGGGGGCGCGUCCCGCACAUGGUAUCUGGCAUACGCCGCAGGUGAGUUUCCAGAGAGAGUUAGUUAUUAA